AUGGCCCCGUCUGCAGAUACCUCGUUCGCCUCCCACGUCACCAACCAGUUCACUUCCUUUGAGAAGGACCGACAGGCUACCUCGAAGGACACCGUCUACGCCACCAGCAAUGGCGCUCCCAUGCCUCACCCAUACGAGGCGCAAAGAGCCGGCGAGAAUGGUCCUCUUCUUCUCCAAGAUUUCCACCUAAUCGACCUCCUGUCACACUUUGACCGCGAACGAAUCCCUGAGCGUGUUGUCCAUGCCAAAGGCAGCGGCGCACACGGGUUUUUCGAGUGCACAGACCCAGCGGACGAUUUGACCCAGCUAGAUAUUUGGGGCACCAAGGGCAAGAAGUGUCCCAUCACCAUGCGAUUUUCGACGGUCGGGGGCGAAGCUGGUUCGCAUGAUUGCGCCCGCGAUCCUCGAGGCUUUUCGGUGAAACUCAGAACCGACGACGGCAACUGGGACAUGGUGUUCAACAACACGCCGGUCUUCUUCUUGAGGGACCCUGCCAAGUUCCCUCACUUCAUCCACACACAGAAACGAGACCCGUCGACCCAUCUCACGCACGCCGACGACUCUACCAUGUUUUGGGACUACCUGUCCCAGAACCCCGAGUCGAUCCACCAGGUCAUGAUCCUCAUGGGUGACCGAGGCAUCCCCGAUGGCUACCGGUUCAUGCACGGGUACUCCGGACACACCCUCAAGCUCGUCAAGAAAGACGGCGAGUGGGUGUACUGCCAGAUCCACCUGAAGUCGAUGCAGGGCACCAAGUUCAUCACCCAAGAGGACUCGGCCAACAAGUCCCCGGACCACUCGCAGAAGGACCUGUACGAGGCGAUCGAGCGUGGCGAGUUCCCCAAGUGGUCGGUCGAGGUCCAGACCAUGACGCCGAAGGAGGCCGAGGAGGUCUGGGAGAAGCAGGGCAUCAACGUGUUCGACCUGACCCACGUCUGGCCCCAGAACCAGUUCCCCCUCCGCAAGGUCGGCGAAAUGACCCUGAACGAGAACGCCGUCAACUACUUCGCCGAGGUGGAGCAGGUUGCCUUCAACCCGUCGCACAUGCCUCCCGGCGUCGAGCCUUCCGCGGACCCUGUCCUGCAGGCCCGGCUCUUCUCCUAUCCCGACACGCACAGGCACCGCAUCGGCGUGAACUACCAACAACUGCCGGUCAACGCCCCGCGCACGGGGUACAAGUUUGGCAAUUUCCAACGCGACGGGUCGAUGGCUUUCUACAACCAGGGCGGCCGGCCGGCCUACCUCUCGUCGAUCGACCCCAUCCAAUUCAGGGAGCGGUCCGUCGAUCUCGACAGGACCCACGGCCACUUCCAAGGCAGGGCCAUCACGUUCUUGUCUCAGAUCCGGCCCGAAGACUUCAACGCCCCCCGGGCGCUGUGGGAGAAGGUCUUCGACGAGCCGGCCCGCGAGCGGUUCGUCAACAACGUCUCCGGCAAGAUGGAGGCGUGUCGCGACAAGGAGAUCUUGAGACGACAGAUCGCCAUCUUCCGCGAAGUCAGCGAGGAUCUCGCUCAGAGACUCGAGAAGGCCACCGGCAUCAAAGGCUACGACGGCAUCAAGAACAUGAAGUUCAACGGUACUCACAACGGCAUGGCUACCGAUCCCAGUGCAAGGUACGCAAAUGGGGUGAAGGCCGCAACGGGUUAUUCUUUGGCGGACAACAACGGUGCUCCUACAAAGGGCACGCACAAAUGA